AUGACUAGGGACUCGCUCAGGAAGCGCGCGGGGUCCUCCCUGGACGCCCAGCGCGUCGGGAGCGAUGCCUCUCCACCAAAGCCCAAGCGAGUGCUGCCACUCACGAGCAUCUCACAGCUGCUGAUCCGGAGGACCCACAAAUACCAGUUUGAGGAGCUCUGGCCCGCCCUGAGCCACUUUGGCUCCGUCGUGUUGAUUCUGCUGCUCGCGUACGGCGUGCUGGCGUUCGUUGCGGGCGAGAUCAUGAUCCCGCUCGGCGGCCCGAUGUUCGCGGUCUGCAUUCUGUGGGCGCUCGCGCACGCGUUCGCCUUCGCCUGCACGCACGUCGGCCUUCCACCGCUGCUCGGAAUGCUCCUCGCCGGAAUGGUGCUCAGGAACAUCCCCGGAGACCCCGUGCAAGGCCUGGACGACGACUGGUCCACGAAGAUCCGCGAAGCCGGCCUGUCGAUCAUCCUGCUUCGCUCCGGCCUGGAACUGGACUACCGCGCGAUCAAGAAGGCCGGGUGGAUCGCGGCGCGGCUCACAGCAAUGCCCGGUGUCACUGAGGCGUUUGUGGCCGGCGGGCUGGCGACCGUCAUCCUCGGCGUGCCCGUCCUCCUCGGCUUCUCCCUCGGCUUCAUCCUCGCGGCCGUGUCGCCCGCCGUCGUCGUCGGCUCGAUGUUUGAGAUGCAGAAACGAGGGUACGGCAUCAAGCAAGGCAUCCCGUCGCUCAUCGUGGCCGCCGCCUCGUUCGACGACGUCCUCGCGAUCACGGGCUACGAGAUCUUCAUCGGCCUCGCCAUCCCCGCGGAGGGGUCUCUCGCCUUCUCCAUCGCAAAAGGACCCCUCUCUGUCGUCGUCGGCAUCACCACGGGCGUCCUCAUGGGCUUCGUCCUCUCCGCAACCAAGUUCUUUGACAAGCCCUGGAAGCGUCUGUUCGCCACGUUCGGGAUCGCGCAGUUCGCGAUGUUCGGCUACGCAGCCCUGGGCUUCAAGGGCGCGGGCGCCAUGGUGGCGGUCGCGGGCGGCCUCACCGCGAUGAUCCUGUGGGGCAAGGGCGCGCCGCGCAAGGUCUCCUCGGGCCCCGCGAGCCGCUACGCCCACGAGGUCGAGUCCGGGCUCGCGCUCAUCUGGCGCUGGCUCGCGCAGCCGCUGCUGUUCAGCGUGAUCGGCGCGGCGGUCGAUUUCCGGGAGACGAACGCCGCGACCAUCCCCAAGGCCAUCGGGCUGGUGCUGCUCGGCCUCGGCGUGCGCGUCGCCGUGGCCUUCUGCGCGGUCAUGGGCGGCGGGCUCACGCUGAAAGAGCGCACCUUCAUCGCGCUGGCCUGGAUGCCGAAAGCGACCGUGCAGGCGGCGCGCGCGAGCGCGCCGCUCGACCUGGUGCUGAGCCAGAUGGAUCCGGCGGACAGCGAGUACGAGGACUACCUCGACUGGGGCCGCCAGAUCCUGACCACGGUGGUGUUCAGCAUUAUUCUUACGGCGCCGAUCGGACUCAUUUGGAUCAAUUCGAUGGGGCCGCGGUGGCUCGAGAAGGCGGACCCCGCGGACCUGCUCGGGCUGGUCGACAAGGAGGAGUCGAAGACGGGGUCCGUCGCGAGCCAGCGGAUGGCGGACGUGACGGUGCACGGCGACGCGGGGACCGACGACGGUGACAGCGAGUCGCCCAAGGCCGAGCACCCGGCGUCGGUGAUGCUGCGCGGCGUGACGUGGAUCGUGCGCGAGGGGGAGCGCGCCGAGGAGGGGCCCGUGGUGUCGGACGCGGACGGGCGGCACGUGGUCUCGGAUGCCGAGUCGCUGCAGCGGCACAACAAAGUGAGUCAGCGGAGCCUUCUCGGGCGCGCGGGGUCGACGGUGGUGGGGCGGCAGAGCCUGGAGGAGGCGCGCGCGGUGCUCGAGGACGGCGACACGGGCCCUGCGCCGCCGUGGCUGGUGACGCUGGUUCACGAGAGCACCGUGGCGAUGGAGGCGCUCAGUCAGGUGGAGGAGGUGUGCAGGGAGGUGGAGUACCACGCGGGGCAGGCGGAGGGGCGGCCGCACGAAGAGGGCGCGCCGGACCUGGCCGGGAUGGCCAAGCGCCUCAAGAAGGCUCAGCGCACCGCCGCCAAGGCGCUCUCCAAGGCCGCGAAAGCCGGCAUUUCCGCGGGCCUGGAGUCGACGUCGCUGUACAAGGACGCGGACACGGCAGGGAACUUCUGGACGCUGCUGCGGUACCACCGCGAGCUCGCGACGGCGCGGGCGGCGGCGGCGGGGUCGACGCUCGCUGGGCGCGACUCGCGGCUCUCGUGGCGGGACUCGCGGAUGUCCGCGAUGGGGCAGGUGACGCCCGGGGCGACGCCGAAGCUGGGGCUGGCGCGGCGGUCCGUGGGGCCGUCGCAGGGCGUGGCGGCGCGGGAGGCGGAACAGCGGACGCGAGCAGGACAGUUCGGGCGGGGCGUCUCGAGCCCGCGGCGGCUCGGGCGGCGGUCGUUCGACCCGUCGAAGCGCGUGGUGGAGGAGGCGGACGAGAAGGAGGACCCGAACAGGGUGUGA